AUGCAGGGAUUCAUGGGAGCAUUUCCACAGUAUGCCGCGAAUGGCAUCCAUAUUAAUGGCCAAUCCUAUGGCGGUCAUUAUGCUCCAGUAUUCGCAAACUAUAUCGCCCAGCAAAAUAAACUUAACACCUCAGGCACUGUUCAUCUCCCGCUCAAGUCUAUUAUUAUCGAGGAUGGUUUCAUGGAUACACGUGAACAGUUUGCGGCGUACUACAAUUACUCCGUCAAUCCAGGGAAUCCGUAUGACCUUGCGCCGUAUAACGAGACAUUACAGCAGCAGCUCUUCUCUAACAUGUUCGGUCCCGGUGGAUGUCAAGAUCAACAAAAGGCUUGCAACGACAAUCCGACUGAUGCUGGGUGCAAAUCUGCUGAAAACUUCUGUGUCUCCAAGGUGGAAGAAUUCUGGGACAACAACGUGGGCAGGUCCGAGAAUGAUAUUCGCCUCAUCGCACCAGAUCCUUUCCCUCCCACUGAUUUCGUGGCAUAUCUCAACCAAGCAGAAAUACAAGCAGCAAUUGGUGCCUCAAAUAAUUUUACGCCAGCAUCAGUACAAACGUUUCUGGCUUUCGACUCAACUGGGGACGAUAGUCGCACUGGUGAACUUGUCACGCAAUCCAUGCGAGAUUUGCUGCAGCAGGGGAUCACUGUCGCCCUGUUCACUGGAGAUGCAGACUAUGAUAGCAACAUGAUUGGAGCUCAGGCAGUAGCCGCUAAUGUCGGCGCAGCGGGCUGGGGAGAUGCCGGGUUCGUCAACUUGUCUGCAAAUUCCGAUGGUCAAAUUCCAGGGCAGACAAAGCAAGCUGAUGGCUUCUCAUUCACUCGUCUUUACUUCGCAGGCCAUGCUUCCGUUUUCAACCAGCCCGAAGCCACGCAGAGGAUCCAACAGCGAGCUGUGGCCGGCUUGGAUAUCGCGACGGGGAAGACGGCAAUGGCGCUCGGGAGAAACACAACAACAAAGGGGACGAGAGAGAGCACGUUUAGAGAAGGAUCUGCUACUGUGCAAUUACAGAAGACACCCCCAGACGCCGUGUACGACCCGAUAACACACGUACCAGUUCGGUCCAACAUUUCUGCGAUGGCCCAGAGAACUCUGAGGACAAAAUUGGCUGUGGGGGAACUGACACCACACCCAUUGGCGGGAUUUACUGCAAAGAAGAUUCGGAGAAUGGUAUAUGGGAAUUGGCAGCGUCCUUGA